GCGGUUCCACGCGGAGGGGGGCGACGGCCUCCCGCUGCAGCUGGACGGCCUCGCCCAGGCGCCGGCCUGCAACGCCACGUUCCUGGGCCACCCGUUGCCUGCGUACGACGUGGCCAGCCAGCACUCGGACGCGCCCGCGCCCGCCCCCCGGGACGACGAGCACGCCCUGGUGCUGCAGCCGCACGCCGUCGCCUGCGUGCCCCCCGGCGCCCUGAUGCGGAGGCACCAGGCGCCACAAUGCAACAUCAGGGUUGUUGACGGCGUGGCGGGGGACCGGGUCUAUCUCAGCACGAACGAGAGCGGAACCCACGCCGACUGUUGGUCCUGCGACGACGAGAGUAUGCGACAGCGUUGGACACUGACCAAAGGGGGAACCGGUUCCAGUGGCACUUGGUACACCAUCAGAGUGGUUGGUGGCGUCUCGGGGGAGCGCUCCUACCUCAGCUGCAACUACGACGGUUCGGCGGUCGACCUGUGGUCUUGCGACGACGGGAGUGGUAGGCAGAGGUGGACCUUGGCAAAGGCGGCUGGCGGCGGGUACAACAUCAAAGUCCUCGGCGGCGUGACCGAUGGACGUGUUUACUUGAGCACAACUUGGGACGGUCGCAGUGUAAACCUAUGGUACAGCGAUGACGACAGUGGCAGACAACGUUGGACUAUCGAUGAAAUGGAGGCCGCGGUGGCCAGCUCUCACUGCUGGCUCAGCGUCAGGCCCGCUGGGUUGGAGCAGGACUGGUGCACCCCCAUCGAGGCCGGCCCCCAGGCCGGCGCGCGCACGGUCUUCUGCCGCCGCCGGAGCCCAGGCGAUGGAUCCAGUGGCUACCCAGGCCUGGGCCUCGACGUCGGCAUCGAGAAGGGCUUCUACCUCCGUUGUGCUGCUCAGUCGUACGAGCGCUCGCAGCCGGUGCCGACGAUGCUCACGCACAUCGCCAUCCAGCCCCCGAUGGCGCUGCUGAACGCCCUGCCCAUCGGCCAGCUGGGCGUGAGGCAGCCGCAGCCGAAGGGG